UAGUUACUAAACAAACUAUUACUAUUGACCACUUCUUUGAAAGUCGAAACUCUCCUCACCCGUGACCUUUGCGGGCGGGAGGCACCCUAUCUCUCUCGGCUCUGUAUACUCAAGCCACCUCUCAGAGAUUAUCCAUUCGCCUACUUCUUUCUCCGAAUUGUCUUUUUCUCACCCCUUCCUUUUCUUCCCCCAAAGAAGCCGACCACUGGGUACUAUGUCAGUGGAACCGCCCGCCCUUCUCGCCAACCAUGCCUCCGAAUCGCAUUUGCGCCUUCUCGGCGCCUCGUGCCUGGACUUCCUCUUAAUUGAGCUCGUCCCUAUGGCCGAGCGCUUAACAAGAGAGCUCACAACGGAUGAGAGUACACCGGAUGAUGAAGAAAUUAGAGAAACAACCUUUUUCCGGCUCGAGUCUCUCGGUUACAGAGUAGGGCAGGGCCUUGCUGAACGAUUUGCUCGAGACCGUCCACGUUUUGUGGAUAAUCUGGAUGUGAUCAAGUUUCUCUGCAAAGACAUUUGGACGAUUCUCUUCAAGAAACAAGUCGAUAAUUUGAAAACCAAUCAUCGGGGCGUAUAUGUCUUAACUGACAAUUCAUUCCGGCCGUUCGCUAGGAUGAGCACAUCUGUCCGAAGUGAAUCGGUGUCCAUGGCUCAAGCGUAUCUAUGGUUCCCGUGCGGUGUCAUACGUGGUGCGCUCUCCAACCUGGGCAUUUCGACCACUGUCCAAGCAGAGACUGCUGAGCUUCCAGGAGCUACGUUUCAGAUCAAAACAGUCAACCCGAAGUCUUAAACGGACAGUCCAACACAUCCGACACUUCCGAUAGUGUAAGCGUGAAGCACCUACGUAAUGGGUCCUAUAAGGCUGAAUACUGCCGCAGCUCAUUGCACCCAUUAACCUACAGAUCAACCGACUACCGCAUGCUACCAAAGUGAAAAUCGACGCACAGAUAUACAUGAUGCUUAAUUGUAUGGUGCACAUUUCUCAUACCCCAAAGUCAUAG